CGCAGCUAUUGAUAGCGUGGUCGAACGUACUCUCACCAUGCGAUCCAACUACGCCAAAAACGCGAUUUAUUGUAGGCUGCUGCUGCUGGUGGCUGUGCCGACCUUGUACUACGUGGCUGUGGGACCAGCGCCGCGCCCUGCACCGCAAUACACAGACACAUACGAGAGUGCAAGAGGAGAGAGCAGUGCAGGUGGCAGGCGCCUGCUGUGGCAGGCCAACAACUGCACACCGCCGGCCAUCCUGGACUUCCCGCCGGACCUGUUCACGCCGCAGCAGAGGCGCUCCGGAGCAGCAGUGCUGCAUGCAGUGCUCGCCUGCUACCUGUUCGUGCUGCUGGCUACCGUGUGCGACGACUACUUCGUGCCUAGCAUUAAGAAGAUAUGUCGCUUACUGAACAUGUCGGACGAUGUGGCGGGAGCCACCUUCAUGGCUGCAGCCACCUCCAGCCCCGAGCUCUUCAUCAACUCAGUCGGCACGUUCAUCACGGAAGGAGACAUAGGCGUGGGCACCAUAGUUGGCAGUGCGGUCUUCAACAUCCUGGCUGUGCCGGCUUGCUGCGGCCUUUUCGCAGGCCAGGUGUUGGUUCUGGACUGGUGGCCCCUGAGCCGCGACUGCCUCAUGUAUGGAGUGACGGUGUGCAUGCUGAUACUGACUCUGUACGACGAGCGUGUAUACUGGUACGAGGCGCUGCUGCUCGUGAGCGCCUACACGCUCUACAUCUCAGCGAUGUACUUCAACGAGGCGAUCAGCGGCUGGUUCCGUCGCUGCUGCCGCAAGCCGUACACCGAGGUGGUGGUGUGCGGGGAGGAGGAGGCCCUGCUGCCCGACUCAGAUAAACUGCAAAAAGUCUACACAACAGGCAAUGAAGAAAAAAAUGCAAUGUUUACAGAACCAAAUGGAGCAAAAGACGUGGAAGACUGUGAUGAUGUCUCUAGCCCGUGGACCUGGCCCCAGGCUGCCACACUGGGCGUGAAGCUCUGGUGGCUGUUCACGUGGCCUAUCAUGUUCGUGCUGGCCAUCUCCGUGCCUGACUGUCGCCGGAGUGCCUGGCGGAGCUGCUACCUGCUCACCUUCUUCAUGUGCAUCCUGUGGAUCGGCACAACAUCAUACACAGUCGCGUGGAUGAUAACUGUUAUUGGGGACACGCUGCAGAUACCUGACUCGGUGAUGGGGAUCACCUUCCUGGCCGCGGGCACCAGCGUUCCUGAAGCAGUCUCCAGCGUCAUUGUAACCAACCAAGGUCACGGUUCAAUGGGGAUCAGCAAUUCCAUCGGCUCCAACACAUUUGACAUCCUUCUGUGCCUAGGGCUUCCAUGGCUUCUCAAGUCUACAUUCUUACCCGUCAUCCCAGGACAGCACUACGUUAUCAUAAACUCCAAAGGGAUUGGAUACAAUGCUGGCUUGCUAAUGUCCACACUCUUGCUGCUGUACGUCAGCUUCGCCACCAACGAGUUCAAGCUGGACCGCAAGAUUGGUAUCAUCACCCUGUUCAUAUAUUUGGGCUUCCUCACGCUCGCCUCGCUCAUAGAGUUGAAUGUGUUCUUCCCCGUAAACUUGCCAACCUGCCCUUCUUGACCUGACUUGCACAGCCUCACAUAGAGCUAAACAUAUAAUUCCCUGCAAACUUACCAACUGGUCUUCUUGACUGGCCUUGUAAUGUCUAGCUCAUCGAGCUGAACAAGAUCUUUCCCGUAAAAUAACCAAACUUCCCUUCUUUAGAUGCCUUGCACAGCCUCGUUCAUAAAACAGAAUCACUUAUUCCCCGUCAACUUGUAAACAGGCUCUUCUUGACUUGCCUUGCACAACUAACCUUAUCAAGCUAAGCAUGUUAUUCUCUAUGAACUUUCCAACUUGCUAUGCUAGAUAUUCAUUUCACUGCCUCACUCAUAAAGCUAAAAAUUAUUUUUACCAAAAUAUUGUCAAGCUGCCUUUCUUGAUUUGCUUAACAAAAUUACCGCUUUUCGAGCUAGGCAUGUUCUUCCUCAAAAACUUGACAACUUCUCUAUAUUGACAGGCCUUGCAUAGCCUCGCUCAUCCAACCGAACAUGUUCUUCCCAAUGAACAUUUUAAACUGCAAUUCGAGAUAUACCUUGGACAAAAUCGCUCAUCCAGCGGAACACGUUCUUCACCAUUAACUUUUAAACUUUACCUUCUUGACUUGCCUUGAAAAGCCUCGCUUGUCAAGCUAAGACUUUUUUCUCUCAUAAACUUGCCAACCGCACUUUUGACCUUCCUUGCACAGAUUAUCUCAUUGAGUCGAGCAUGUUCUUCCCAAUGAUAUUGCCGUCUUGGCUUUCUCAACCAGUCGGCGUGUUUGACUUCUGAAACUUGCUCACCUGCACUUUUGGCCGGCAUUGCAUAGCCAUGCUCACUGAGCUGAACACAUUUGUUCCCAUGAACAUGCACAGCCCAGCUUAGCGAUCUGAUAAUUUUCUUUGCUCUGAACUAUUCUAAUAUUAUCUUUCUUUCUCUUUUUUACUUAUUAUAAGUUAAAAGUAUCAUUUCCCUAUUCAAGUUAAUCUUCGUGCAUUCGCAAACCUAUUUUACUAUAGAAUUUUAGCAUAAUAAUUGAAAGUUUUACUGUUAAAUCAGAAUACAUAAAUAUUUUUAUAUUUUUAGUUUUUUCCGGAUGAUUCAUUUACAUAAAAAAUUUAUUUAUUUAUUAUAAUUUACUUUUUAUUUACACGUGGCAGUUGUACUAGUUUUAAUGUCAAAUGGCAACAGAAAUCAUUAUGUUAUAUAUUUUUUUUUGUUUGGUGAAUAUUUGUUCACAUUAGUCAAAGAGAAUGAUUUUAUACCAUUUUUAAAAAUACAAUAGACUUUAAAUUAUUUUUUAAUUACCUUCUUGUCUUAUUACAUGUUUGUAUUCAGGUGUGUGUGGUUUAUAUCCCUAUUAAACCCACUUAUACAAAUUUCAUACACAUAAAUGUUUAAUUCUUUUGAUUUAUUUUACUAUGUUUUAUCAUAGUUGCUUUGUCCAAACAACAAUAUUUAUGCUCUAAAUAACAAGUUAUGCAAGCUCGCAAAAUACCCAUUGCAUUAUAUAACAAACUAAUCGAUUCUUUAAUUAUGCUCAGUGUUUAAAAUAAGUUUAAACUUAAAACUACACUGUUAUAUUGACUUUUUGGGUUAAUAUUUAUGUGUGCAUUUUUUGUCCAAAUAAUUUGCAAGAAUGUCUUAUAUAAUAAGCAAAAAUUCUAAUAAUUGGGGAUCUAAUAUUAAAACAAGUACAUUAUAUGUAGAAUGCAAGUGGCUGCGUUUGCUAUGUUCAACAACAGAUAUUUUUUUUUCUUUAAGGAUGUGCUUGUGAAGAUAAUAAUUGUUACACACGUUUGUCUUAGAACUAUCAAGUUAUCACCGUAGAAAAUUAUUUGCGUAAUUGUGUAAGUUUCAGUGUUUUACAUAAUAUUUGAAUGAUUUUUAAUUGAGUGAAAAUUUUUGUUUUGACUGAUGUGGCCUGAAUAUUACUGUAAACACCUAAAGUAUUAUAAUAAAAUAUUACUGUUACAUAAAA